AAGAAGAGCUCGCGACCGUUCGUUUGCGUUUUCUGGGGCUGCGCGUCUGCUGCGGCAGCUCUCCUGGUGCCGUGGCUGCGGGCGGGCACACGUAGCUGGGGACCAUGAGUCCCAGCUAGAUGAGCAGCUCCGGUUCCGCAAAGCAGGAACGCAGCGACGGUUUUCUGCCGCACAGCGACGACGAGCCACUGAGGCAUCAGCAAGAAGGCAGCAGCGGAUCCAAGUCCGUGAGCUCAGUCGCAUCGCCGAAGGCGGCUGUCGAGGGUUCGGAGGCGUCUCCUUCGUCCCCCUCGGCCGUCGGGACCCACUGCUCUUUUCCGUCGUCGCCAUUGGCCCCCUCGCCACAGCUGAGAAUACUGCCCGACCACUGGAUCACUGAACAGGUCGACUUACCGGACCAAGGGCCGUACUGCCUUGUGCCCAAGUCCAGCGUUGAGUCUGUGAACCCGCAGACCAGCAACGGUGAACAGCCUGCGUCGCUGCUUCUCGUUCCCAAGUCUAGCGACGAGGCCCUCGCGCCCGACGACCAGCAGCCGCCUCAUGUGCCGCACUUCAGCGACGAUCGCCACGGCAGCAGCGUGAGUCCCGGGUACCGCUCCAACGACCAGGCUGACAUCGUCAGCGCUCAGCCACAAGGCAAGCUAAGCCGCCGAUUUCUCGAAGAUAUGGCGAAGAAACCAUCGACGAGCUCCUUGGACCGGUCGGACAUCGUCGACUUCGUCGUCGACGACCGCACGACCGAGGAGACCAGGGCCAUCUACAACAGUUGGGCGACCAACUACGAAGAGGACAUGGCUCUGCAGAAGUACAAGGCUCCGAGUAUCAUGGCUCACUUCAUCAACCAGGAGCUGCAGAUCAAGAAGGAUGCCGUCAUUCUGGACGUCGGAUGUGGAACGGGGCUGCUCGGGGUGCAGGUGUUUUGUGAGGGCGGAAACGCCCGACAGGGCGCUACGACGCUGUCCCCGCCGGCACAUGCCAGCCUCGAUCGUUGGGAGAACCGGCAGCAGCAGCAGCAGCAGCAGCAGCAGCGGUAG